UCCUCCUCCUCCCUCAGUUGGGGACUGAUCCUGGAACAGAGCGGACCGUGAAACCUUUUCUCCUUCCCGGUACAACAAGCGGAACUAGAGAAUGGGACGUCUCGGUGCGCAGAGCUCGGUUCUGGCUCUCCUGAUGAUAAGCCUUCACGCCGCUGCACCACGGAUUCACUCUCUGAAGUAUUUCUACACUGCGACCUCUGGAGUCCCAAACUUCCCAGAGUUUGUGUCUGUUGGGCUGGUGGAUGAAGUAGAGAUUUAUCACUAUGACAGUAACACCAGGAGAGCAGAACCCAGACAGGACUGGAUGAGCAGAGUCACAGAGGAUGAUCCUCAGUACUUGAAGAGGAACACUGAGAUCUUUAUGGGCGCCCAGCAGGUCUUCAAAGCCAACAUUGAAAUAGCAAAACAACGCUUCAACCAAACUGGAGGUGUCCACAUUUACCAGAACAUGUACAGCUGUGAAUGGGAUGAUGAGACCAACAAGGUCAAGGGUUAUGAUCAGUAUGGUUAUGAUGGAGAAGACUUCAUAUCAUUUGACCUGGAGACAGAGCAAUGGAUUGCUCCUAAACAGCAGGCUGUCAUCACCAAACACAAGUGGGAUAAUGACAGAGCCUGGAUAGCACAGGACAAGAACUACCUGACUCAUUUGUGUCCCGAGUGGCUGAAGAAGUACGUGAACUACGGGAGGAGCUCUCUGAUGAGAACCGAGCGUCCCUCAGUGUCUCUCCUCCAGAAGACUCCCUCCUCUCCAGUCAGCUGCCACGCUACAGGUUUCUACCCCGACAGCGCCACCCUCUUCUGGAGGAAAAAUGGAGAGGAGCUCCAUGAGGACGUGGACCUCGGAGAGGUCCUCCCCAACCACGACGGGACCUUCCAGAUGAGGGUUGACCUGAAACUGUCCUCCGUCCCUGCUGAAGACUGGAGGAGGUACGAGUGUGUGUUCCAGCUGUCUGGUGUGGACGAGGACAUGGUCACCAAACUGGACAAGACCAGGACCAACACGGAGAAACCUGCUGGCUUCACCUUCAUCAUCAUCAUCGCUGCUGUGGCUGUUCUUGGCAUCAUCGCUGCUGUGGUUGGAUUCUUGGUGUAUAAGAGAAAUAGGAACGCCAAACGCUCUUCAGACAAACUCCAUUCUUCUACUGAAGGCUCUGAACUCUCUGAGGAACUGAAUCCAAAAGCUUGAAGUCAGCGUCCUGCACACAGUUUAUGGGUGAAUUUUCCUGUGGAUCAACAACCGAUGUCUCCACAUUCUUCUCCAUAAACUGUGAAUUUAUGGCUUAUUCAUCUUUCAUUUAAACGGUGUGAAUCAGGGUUGGUGAACAUCUGGAAGCUGUGAGGAAACAUUAACAGUGAUAUUUAAUUAUUUGGGUUGUUUGAUUUUAAUAAAAAGUUUGAAUUUUCUCUGAUGAAAUAAAAUUAGGAUUAUUUUAGGAGACGUUUAAAUCAAUGAAAGCAUCAAAGUCCUCACAGACGAGUGUGUUCAUCUCAAACUAAUCCACCAGAUUUACUCUUUGAUGCUUCUGCUGUUUGGGUUUCUGGUUGAAUCAUGUAAUAACACACACACACAGAGACACAGACCAAAUAUAGACAUUAGAACAUUUAUUUUCUGAUUGUGUAUCUCGUAUCUAAGUUUUGCUUGUGUUUUUCUUUACAUUGAAUUUAACAGGCUGAAGAAAAUAAUAAUUUGAGGGUUUCUGAAUAAAUCAGUAAGUUUAUUGGUGUCUUUUGAUCAGUUUAAGUAUCAUAUUAUUUAAAUUUGGGACACAAGGAUUGAAAUGUAAUUGUAUAUUUCUUACUGCAGUUUAGGAUCGAUGGACGUGUUUCUUCUUGGUUUCGUGGGAGUUGAACAGUGAAGCUCUAAAUCACUUGUGGUUUUGUAGAUGAAGUGGCUCCAUUUUCCCUUUUUGUACCUUUGUCUUGCUGUUCAAUAAAUGCUCCACUGCUCCAGA